AGGUCAUCAUAAUGGUCAGAGUUAUGUUGUCAUGGUAGGCCUUGGAGCGAUGAACAUCCAGUUUGACGCAGAAGUCACCUGCAGAAUUGCCUUUGCGAUUCUCUCAUUGAUCGUCUGUGUAUGUGCUUUCAUUGCUGUAGUACGUAGAGGACGAGCAUGGAAGGAUCGCGGAUCAGCCUAUAUGCAGCUCCUCGUCCUAACAUUCGUAAUCAACAUCAGCCAGGUUGUUGAUGCCCUGUUGGACGUGUACUGGAUUUUCAAUGCCGAGCUCCCAGAACAUACAGACUGGAGCCAACAGUGCCAAAAUGCAGUGAAUCCUGAAAACAGCACGUAUCCGGGCAAGGUGACAUUGGAGAAAUGCUGGAUACAAAGGGUCGAUGCAAGCCUGAACUACACCAGUUUGAGUUUGUCGCUGCUCAGUUUCGUCAUUGUGACAUUCUUCUUCCUGCGUCUGGUUCUGCGCUUGAGGCUGCAGUCUCCUGACCAAGCUCAGAUCGAGGAAGUCCAGCAAUGCUUGCGCGUCCCGCUCCUGAUCUCAUGCACUUGGGUGGCAAUCUUGUUUGGCGCCUCUAUCUCAGGUGACCUUCCUCACGCUUUCUCCUGCCAAGAUCCAUCGUGGACUGCAUUCCUCGUGACUUACACUGUCAUGGCCUGCAUCCUGUUGCUUGGAGUCAUCAUCUUCGGUAAAGAGAGGGCGAAGAAGAAGGCAGGGAGCAAGUUUUGGAUCUCUCUCAUCAAGCUCGGCAUCGUCAUGCUCCUAUCCACCGCUGUGGGAAUCUUGGACACUCUGGAUCACAGCCUGCGUGUUCCCAGAAAUUGCCUGCCUUUCGAUUCUACGUUCCCUACGUUGUCUCACGGUGAGAACUACUCAGGCAUCGUCAGAGGGAUAGUACAGCUCAUCGCGCGCAUUGUACUCUACACCUUCCCUUCUCUGGCGCUUCUCUCGUUCUUCCACAGCGGAAGGCCUUCCGUGUCCAUGAGCCCGAGGUGCGAGCCAAGCACGUCGUUCUACUUCCAGAACCCACAUGAUCCCAAUAGGGUUUCAAUUACAGAAUCCCUCCUCGCUCGAGGACCGCGGAUGCUGCCAGCAGAACUGAGUGCAUAGCGCAUUUGCUAGUUGUUUUCUGGCUGUACAAUACACACACAGUUCCCUAUU